CCCGGAGAUUCCUCCAGUUGCAGACAUAAAAGCUGGAGAGGUUUUUAGAGUCGAAAUGGUGGACUUCACCGGUGGAAGAAUUACAAAAGAUUACUCGGCUGACGACAUCAAGCACGUUGAUGUCUCUGUGACUUCAGUAUAGUCUACAAACAGGCCAUCCCUGUAUUCCUUGUACCUCCACAGCAGCACCCAUGGCUCCUCUAACUCCAAGAAGAGUGGUGCCAAUAGAUCUGAAGAAGAAACCUUGGGAGCAGAAGCUGCCCCUUCACAACCGAUGGCACCCUCAAAUACCCUCUGUCGCUGAAGUUAAAGCUGGAGAAUUUUUUAGGGUAGAGAUGGUAGACUGGACAGGAGGUGUUAUCAAAGAUGAUGACUCCGCAAUUGAUGUAAAAUACUUAGACCUUUCCGCAGUCCAUUACCUGAGUGGACCAAUCAGAGUUCUAGACCAGGAUGGCAAUCCAGCCAAGCCAGGGGAUCUUCUUGCAGUUGAAAUAUGCAACUUGGGUCCUCUCCCAGGAGAUGAAUGGGGUUUCACUGCAAUAUUUGACAGAGAAAACGGCGGUGGCUUUUUGACAGACCAUUUUCCUAGUGCAAGCAAAGCUAUUUGGUAUUUUGAAGGAAUUUAUGCUUACUCCCCUCAAAUACCAGUCCUAUGUAUACCAGGGGUGCGAUUUCCAGGUUUAACUCACCCUGGAAUUAUCGGAACUGCACCGUCGAUGGAACUCCUAAGUAUAUGGAAUGAAAGGGAAAGACAAAUAGAAGAAAAUGGUCUACAGACCUCGUCUCUGUGUGAGGUUCUGCAUCAACGACCAUUAGCAAACCUACCAUCAACCAGAGGAUGCUUCCUAGGAAAAAUCCAAGAAGGAACCCAAGAAUGGGAAAAGAUUGCUAAAGAGGCUGCAAGGACUAUUCCGGGAAGAGAAAAUGGAGGAAAUUGUGACAUCAAGAAUUUAAGCAGAGGUUCCAAAAUUUACCUCCCAGUAUUUGUAGAAGGAGCAAAUCUUAGUACAGGUGACAUGCACUUCUCUCAGGGCGACGGUGAAGUCUCAUUCUGCGGGGCAAUAGAGAUGAGUGGUUUCUUAGAACUCAAGUGUGAAAUCAUAAGAGGUGGAAUGAAAGAGUACCUUACCCCAAUGGGACCAACUCCUCUUCAUGUUAAUCCAAUCUUUGAGAUAGGCCCAGUUGAGCCAAGAUUCUCAGAAUGGCUGGUGUUUGAGGGCAUCAGUGUUGAUGAAAGAGGGAGGCAACAUUAUCUUGAUGCAAGUGUUGCUUAUAAACGUGCUGUACUCAAUGCCAUUGAUUACCUCUCUAAAUUUGGCUACUCAAAAGAACAGAUGUAUAUACUGCUAUCAUGCUGUCCAUGCGAAGGAAGGAUCUCAGGGAUAGUUGAUUCUCCUAAUGCUGUUGCAACCCUUGCAAUUCCAACUGCUAUCUUUGAUCAGGAUAUUCGACCAAAGACUGGCAAGGUUCCAAUUGGUCCCCAUCUAGUCCGGAAACCAGAUGUCCUGAAAUGCACCUAUGAUGGUAAUUUACCCACCACGAAGAACCUGGGAGCCUUGACAUAGCAAUAAAAAGGGAGCAAAUUAAGACAAGCAAAUAAUUUCCAGUGGAUGGAAUAAUAAAUUGCAGCUAUGAUGAUUUCUCCUAUGUGCCAAGGUAAGUAUGUACCUCAAAUGAUAAGUAACAUCUUUAGGAAGGAGAUACGAAUAUCCUGUAAGAAGUUAUAUUUCAGCCAGUGCCCGCCCAAUGUAAUGAUAUAUAUGGAAUGAUCUUGCUUAACCUCUUUUGAAGGUAUAGCCAAGCACAAUUACCAUCAAGGAUGGAGUUACGACUCUA